AUGGGGGUCAUCAAGAAGAAGACAGGUACGCGGGGCACCGAAGGUGGCACCAAGUACGUCUGUGAUGUGUGCUCGUCCGACAUCACGUCCACGGUCCGCAUACGCUGCGCCGAAGACGUCUGCAGCGAAUACGACCUCUGCGUGCCAUGCUUCUCUGACGGCAAGGCUACACGCGACCACCAGCCUGCCAAGCACAAGUUCAAGGUCAUCGAGCAGCACUCCAUCCCCAUAUACACCGAAGACUGGGGUGCCGACGAGGAGCUGGCUCUCUUGGAAGGCGCCGAAACAUAUGGUCUGGGCUCAUGGGCAGACAUUGCGGACCACAUAGGCGGCUACCGCGAGAAGGAUGAGGUCCGCGACCACUACAUCGACACCUAUCUGGACAGCCCGAGCUUUCCCCUGCCGGAGCACUGCAGCAAGGAUGACACCGAGCUCAGUACCCGCAUACCGCGUCACGAGUUCCAGGCGAGGAAGAAGAGGAGGAUAGAGAAGAAGAAGGAGGAAGCUGCAGGCCGCGAACCUGAUGCCCCCAAGCAGAAGCCCACGGCUAGUGUCCCGGCCUGCCACGAGGUCCAAGGAUACAUGCCCGGUCGUCUGGAAUUUGAGACUGAAUACUUCAACGAAGCCGAAGAGGCUGUGCAGCACAUGCAGUUUGACCCUGGUGAUGGCUUGAACCCAAGGACGGGCGAGCUGGAGCCGGAGAUGGAGCUCAAGAUGACCAUUAUGGAAAUCUACAACCACCGUCUAGACGCCCGAGUUGAGCGCAAGAAGAUCAUCUUCGAGCAUCAGUUGCUAGAGUACCGCAAGAAUCAGCUGGCCGACAAGAAGCGAACCAAAGAAGAAAAAGACCUGAUGAACAAGGCGAAGCCCUUUGCCAGGAUGAUGCAGCAUGCCGACUUUGAGCAGUUCUGCAAGGAUCUGGAAUACGAGCACAACCUUAGGCAGGCCAUCUCACAGCUCCAGGAGUGGAGGAACAUGCAGAUCACGAGUCUCAAAGCUGGGGAGAAGUACGAACAGGAAAAGCAGCAACGGCAAACCCGGCCGCCCCCCAUUGGGCAGUUCGAUCGUCUGGCAUCCAGUAGGAUGACAAAACCCCAACCACCUUUCGAACAACCAUCUGCAGCCACGGCAUUGCUCGCGCAGGAGCUGCCUUUGCAUGUGAAGCAGAACAGUGGUCUCACAACGCCACCUCCGGAUCGCGCUCAGAACGGCGUCAAUGGUGCAAAUGGUGUGCUAACACCACAGCAUUCUAAGACAAAGUUUGUGCCCAAGUCACUCCCCAACACCGUGCCUCUCAAGUUUGGCAAAGAGUCAAAAGCGGAUCUUCAGUUGCUCAAUGCAGAGGAGGUGGAGAUAUGCAGUACGCUGCGUAUCAUGCCCAAGCCAUAUCUAGCGCUCAAGGAAACUAUCAUUCGGGCAGCGCUCAACAAUGGUGGCGCGCUUAAGAAGAAGACGGCUAAAGAGAUUUGCAAGAUUGAUACGAACAAGUCAUCGCAACUGUUUGAAUACUUUGUGCAUAGCGGCUGGAUAGCAAGGGCGUAG